AUGGCGGAACCGGACAGCCGCUCACUGUCAGUGCCUGACACAAGUAAGAAAAAUUGUAGCGAUGUCAAAAAUGGCAUCGAAACCGAAAAGAAGCGUUUACCCGAGAGGAAAGGACAGAAGGCAUUUUGUUGUGUCCCUUUUUGCCAUAAUUCAUCACGUAAGAACCCCAAACUGCAUUUUCACUCUUUCCCCAAAGAGUACAAAGUUAUUACUUCUGGGGAACUUGCUGGUCAGAACUUGAGACAAGUUUGGGUAAAUAAGAUUAAAAGAGACGAAAAAGAACGGAACAAUUUUCGGAUCACAAAAGACACCCUUGUGUGCAGCGAGCACUUCAAUACUGAAGAUUACCGUCCCCGUACAAAACGGAACCGUCUUUAUGGACAGCCAGGACAUUCUCUUAUGCUCAAAGAGAAUGCCAUCCCUACACUUCUUCCCAGCACAUUAGGUGCAGCUGCAAAAGUCAUUCAAAACAUGCGGUGUUUCAUUGAUGAAAUACAGUCAAAUCACCUGUGGUUUUCUUUGGAACGCCUUGGAACAGACAGUUCUCUCAUUGAACAUUAUACAGGCUUCAUGUCUUAUAGAAACGAGUCGGAAGAUAAUUUUCAAAGUUUUUCAAAUGUAGAAGAUUCUGCUUCCACUCCUCCAUCUAAUGACGAAGUCUUGCACCUGCGAUGGAACGUUGAACAAGCAAUGGAAAGAAUCGCAUCCAAUGCUCUCUUUGUGAAAACCCCUACCACAUUUGUGAUGAGCCUGAUUUCAAAGAUGUGGGUAGUGGCCUCCCUUCUUUCUAAUUUUCAGGGGCCUUAUUCCAAAGAUUAA